AUGGCACAAACCCCUCAACAGCGUCGAGCAAAUGAGCGCUUUGCCAAACUCGAGGCUGCAAAGCGCGGCAAACCAGAGACCGGUGUGAAGUCGAAGAAGCAGAAACCAAAGUCGCCAGUACCUCUUGGCUGGGUUGUCGUCCUCGCCUUCGUCGUGUGUGGUGGAAUGCUGUUCGAGCUCGCGAGGGUUGUCCCGGAACUAUGGGCGGUCAUUUGGGCAUUUGUGUCGAAGUGGACGGGUUAA